UUAUUUUUAAAGUAAGUCUUUUUCUCGUCUUCUUCCUCAUUUGUGUCCAUUGACCAAAGGUGGAAGAAGAAGAGCUUACUUCAUCACUUCCGCUGUCAAACAAACUCAAAUUAAUUUUUAAAAACCCACAAAAUAUCUACGAAAAUGGAAGAAUUAGAAAAAACCCAGAAAUUUCAGAAGAAGAAGAAGCAACAACAAGAGAAACAAGACCAGUCUUCACCAAUCAACUUCGAGAUGUCUUCAAGAUCAUCACUUCAUUCAUUACCACAAACAACGAUUGAAUCACCUCCUGAUUCACCAACCCUCUCUUCAAUCCCCGAUAGCCAUGGAUCUUCUCCUCACACGAUUAUUCCAACUCCUUCUGUGGCCAAGACGGAGACUCCUUUUAGGGUUACUAACGGAGAGGAGGAGAAGAAAGUCAGCGAGAGUAGGAGACAAUUGAGACCGAGCUUUUCUUCUUCUUCUUCUACUCCGCGUGAAUCGAAAUGGGCAAGUUUGAUUAGGAAAGCUCUACUUGGAUUUAGGGUUAUUGCGUUUGUUUCGUGUCUUGUUUCGUUCUCUGUAAUGGUUUCUGAUAGAGAUAAAGGAUGGGCUCAUGAUUCUUUCUACAACUACAAAGAAUUCAGGUUCUGUUUGGCUGCGAAUGUGAUUGGUUUUGUCUACUCUGGUUUUAUGAUAUGUGAUCUUGUAUACCUGUUAUCUACUAGCAUCCGAAGAUCACGACAUAACCUGCGACAUUUCUUGGAAUUUGGUCUUGAUCAAAUGCUAGCUUAUCUUCUUGCAUCAGCUUCAACUUCAGCUUCGAUCCGCGUAGAUGAUUGGCAAUCAAACUGGGGAGCAGACAAGUUCCCAGACUUAGCUAGAGCAUCUGUCGCACUGUCUUACGUCUCCUUUGUCGCAUUCGCCUUCUGCUCAUUGGCUUCCGGUUAUGCUCUAUGUGCACUCCGGUCCAUCUAAACUAAACAAGCGCAAGCUCGAGACAAAAAGUCUCAUUUUGUCUACUCUCAGAAGUUGUAUCCUUGACCCUAAACGGGUCCAGUUUCUGAUUUUUAGAAGAAACUUUUAUUUUAUAUAGUGGAGAAUAUUCCAUCUUGUUAAAAGAUGGUGCGAAUGCUCGUUUAUACAUCACUUUAUCUAUUUCACUUUUUAUUAUAUAGUUCUAAGAAAAGCUAUAUGAUGCUAUCUUCUCCUUAAACUUUUGAUUUAGUGCGAUUGCUUUUAGAUGCUUACAUUUAACUUUAAGAAGUCAGUAUAUCUAAGUCAGGUCAGAGAUAUGUCAAGUUAAGUAUUGACAUUUUCUUACUAAAAUAGUAAC